CCAGCAUGGGAAAUGAAGAUAUACCAGCUGACAGUGAAAACCUCAGAUCAGUAACUGCUGCGGGAAAUAGAAUUAUUCCCUUGAAUCCAGAAUCACAGGAGGACCUAGAUAGAGACAAAACCGAAGAAGUGGAAGAAACUGCGCUAUUAAAAUGUCCUGGGCCACAGCCUCUGAAAGCAACAACAAAAGCCAAGUUCCCAAGGAAACCGAAAAAUCUGUUUUCCUGCACUCCAAAGGGGAAAUUGGACAAAAUGAUAACAAACGGCACUAUGAUCCUUCUGAUAUGGGCUAUAGCCUGGUCCAUCACAGGCGAGGAAGCUCUUCCCGGGGGAAACGUAUUUGGACUGUUACUCCUUCUGUAUUUUGCUAUUCUUGGGGGUAAAAUUUUGGAAUUCAUUAAAUUACCAUCAGUGCCUCCAUUACCACCUCUCCUUGGGAUGCUGCUUGCUGGUUUUCUCAUUCGAAAUAUUCCGUUCGUCAGCCGACAGGUCCGAGUCAGUCACACGUGGUCUUCAUAUUUGAGAAAUAUCGCCCUUACUAUUAUCUUGGUACAAGCUGGGUUAGGGCUUGACCCAAAGGCCUUGAAGAAACUGAAGGCCAUUUGCUUUAGGUUGUCUUUGGGCCCGUGCCUUACAGAAGCAUGUUCAGCUGCUGUGAUUUCCCACUUCCUUAUGCAUUUUCCAUGGCAGUGGGGAUUUGUGAUGGGUUUUGUUCUAGAUGCUGUUUCUCCAGCUGUUGUGGUUCCUUCAAUGCUGUUUCUGCAAGACCAAGGCUAUGGGAUUGAUAAAGGCAUCCCGACCUUGCUGAUUGCCGCUAGCAGUUUUGAUGACAUUCUGGCCAUCACUGGCUUCAACACAUGCUUAGGCAUGGCCUUUUCUACAGGUUCCGUGGUUGACAGUGUCUUCAGAGGAUUAGGGGAAGCAGCCCUUGGUGUGGUGAUAGGAGGUCUUCUGGGAUGUUUUAUGCAUUACUUCCCAAGCAGGGAUCAGGAGAAACUGGAAUGGAAGCGAGCGUACCUCAUUUUGGGCUUGUGUGUGUUUGUCGUCCUCAGCAGCGAUCGUAUUGGUUUGCAUGGCUCUGGAGGAUUGUGCACAUUGGUCCUGACUUUCAUUGCCGGUUUGAACUGGGCCAAGGAAAAGGUGAGGGUGCAAAAAAUAGUCGCAGAUACCUGGAAGGUUUUUCAGCCUCUUCUUUUUGGUUUAGUUGGAGCCGAGAUAUCCAUUGCCGCUCUCACACCAGAAUAAUUGGUAGGUGUUUGUGUAACCACCUUGAGUCUAGCAGUGGUGAUACGCAUUUUUAUAACAUUCCAGAUGGUGAGUUUUUCUGGCUUUAGCCUGAAGGAAAAAAUCUUCAUUUCUUUGGCAUGGAUUCCUAAACCCACAGUCCAGGCGGUAUUAGGUCCCCUGGCUUUAGAGACAGCCCGAGCCAAUAACAAGAGCCUGCUGAAAGAACCUGCCACAACCGUGAUGACCAUAGCAUUCCUGGCCAUCCUGAUUACAGCUCCCAACGGCGCCCUGCUUAUUGGUCUACUUGGCCCCAAAUUGCUGAAGAAAAAUGAAAAAAAUCCGAGCGAAGAGAACGUUGAAGAAGGAGAACUGCCUUUGGAAGGACACUAGAGAGAGAAAAGAGACGUUUGGCCACAGCAAACUAAGAUGAGUAUGAGGGCGAUAACAGCAUCCCCUGGGCCCCAUCAAGACCAACAGAGCCUGGGC